UUCGCAUGUACCGGGUGUGCAUUAUCUCAACCGGCCCCUCUCGCGCGCGCGCUGCCGUAUCAAACGGCGCGCGCGCGCCCCGCGUCCGCGCGAAACGCCGCCGUCGAAAGCAUUAUCGAGGGUGGAACAACGGGCGAGAGUGGGUGUGGUCCUGGUGUGUUUAUAAACUGGAUUAAGGGGAAUCAACAGCCCGACGUUCCGUUCCGCUGCGCCAUUUAUUCAGUGCACACGCUCGUCCGACACCCCGGCGCGGCCCGUCGGACGCUCGCUCGUUCGCCCGAUCAUUCCGAUUGAUCACGUAUUUAGCUCGAAAGUAUACCACUUGCGUGUGGUCCCAUUAUUGAGGAUCGUGCUGUCCGGCGUAAUGGUUUACUGUGAGAAUGUAUACGCACGAGAGGGAUGCAAUCGGCGCUGGAAGGUUACCAGUUAGAAUCGUUGAUUCAAUUUGGUUCUUAUCGAGUAAUCUUCGUUUAUUGUUGAACAACUUUGCGACGAGGGAAACAAAGGAGCCUCGCCUUCUGUCGGGUCGGAGAAACCGAGAGUCGACAGAAGCCGAGCAGCGACAGUUAUCGACGAGGAUACGAAGGGCGCACGUCCGCGCGGCAGAGAGGUAUCUGCCGUUCGAAGUUGGUUGUCGCGUUCAUCACAGGGAAUUGUAUAUUCUCUUUCUUGGAAUUUUGGGUCUUUACGCGAAAAAUGAGAGACGUAAAACGAGCGAGGUGGAACAAUUCGCCGACAUUAUAGACUACAUUGUGGCGACUGAGGACGCCGGUUCUCGAGAUGAGUAUAAAAGAUACACCUCGGGGUAGCCACGUCAGUUGUUGUAGCGGCGCGGACGAUAAUCACAGAGAAUUGCGGUACCUUCCCUUUUACCCUGUUCAUUGCUUAAAAAGAAAUUUAUUUUAUUUUCAGCUCUAAGCGUACCAUAAUGCAAUAAAGUCCGAUAUGAUGGAAAUAACCGCAUAUUCGAGUUUGACAGGUACGCGAAAAAAAAAAGAAAAUUAGUAAUAAACAUUAAUUAAAAUAAAUAAUAAAUAUGUAAAUAAAUAUAAAAAUAUAUAAAAAUAUAUUUAUGGA